AUGUUGAAUCUAAAGAUUGUUCAAAAAUCUCAAUUUUUACGAAAUGAAAAUUAUAUUAUUCAAUACAUUUAGAAUGUUGUUAUAUUUUUUUCCUGUAAUCUUCACAAUAUCAAUUUUUUUAUAAGUUUUACUAAAUAUGUCUUGGUUAGAGAUACUAAAAAGAAACCAAACCGAACCCGAACCCCAACCCGAACCCCAACCCCAAAACCCAACCCCAAACCCAACCCAACCCAACCCAACCCCAAAACCCAAACCCAUAUCACAAACCCAUUCAACUCCAUAUUAAUAGAAAAAGAAUAAGAUAUAAAAUGUACUAAUCCAAAUCACCUUAAUCAACCUAUUUUAAUGGUUAUCUUAGAUCAAAAUCAUUAUUAAAACAGACUUCUAUGUAGUUUGUGUCUGUAAGGUCUUGAAACUAUUCAUAAAACUAUGGGAUUUAGCAAAGCUUAUUAAAUUAUUUUAGAAAAUCACUAAGAAAUAAGUAAAAUAAGAAAUAUCUUAAUAAAUGAUAAUAUUUAACAACUUGAUUAAUUUAAAAGUAAUAUUAUUUAGUUAAAGUCAUUUUUAAACUAAGAAUUAGACUCGAUGAUUGAAAUAGCUUAAAAUUGGGAGAAUAAUAAUUUUAACAGCUUAAAUGAAGGUAGUUUUUAUUAAGGAUUAGAUUUGUUAAUUAAAAAUGAGUUAAAAGUUGAUAAUGAAAAAAUUGAAAAAUAAAUUAAGGAUCUGAAUAAUUAAUGGGCUUAGAAGUUAAAUCUGAAAUUAGAAUAAUUUAAAUCAUUUAAAUAUUAUUCUGAGUGUGAAAAGAUAUUAAAUAAUUUUAAAAAUAUAGAUAAUUCUAGCUAAAUCAAUAAAAAUGGCAGGAAAAUCAGGAAAAGGAAUUGGUAAAAAAAAAAAAUUCUAGCUUUCGAUAAGUUUUUUAGUUGAAAAUAUGAGAUGGAUCCUUAUUUAAGAGAAUUGAAUUAUAAUUAAAAGAUAAUUAUAAAUAAUUAUUAUUAUAUAUAUAGUUAAAAUUAAUUGAUAUAAUAAUAAAAAAGAGAGAUGAGUAAUGAUGAUAUAAAUGAGUAGAAUAUAAAUAGAAGUUGUCGAUGUUAUAGGGUAAUAAAUGAGAAACGUAAUUCAUUAUUAAUAUCGUUGGUUAAAUGUAAGAGAAAUAAGAAUAGAUCAUUUGUUGGUAAACUAUUAGAGAUGCCAACGAAAUAGAGAAGAAAGAGUUAUUAAGAAGGUGUAAUAGGAUAGAAAAUGGAUAGAUUAAACUGUCUUUAUCCUGAAUCAAUUUGUUUAUAACAUACAAUAUAAAAGGUAAAGAUAGAGAAUAAGAGUACACUGCGUAAAGCUGUAAAGAGAGCUUCAAUGAUGAUGUCAACAGUAAAAUAUUGGAAAGAUCAUUCUUAAAAGAAAAUAGAAGUAGGUGGAAUAAUUAAAUGUAUUAAUAAUAAAGAGAGCUGUUUAAGUGAUGGAAAUGCAUUAACAUCUAGAAGUAUUAAAAAAUGUGAAUUACCUCCAGUGCUUCUUAAUUAAUUUAGAAUGAGAAAGAAUGAAGGAUUAAUUAAAUAUAGUAGAGAUAGAACUGCAGAUAAAACUAAAUCUGUUAGUCAACAUUUUUCUAACAUGUAAACAUUAUCAACCAAAGCCUUUUCUUCAAGAUAUAGCAUUCAAAAUGUUUAUAUCAGAAUUAAAUAGUGA